GUCCGAGAGCCGAGAGCGCUGCUCGGAACCGCCUGGGAACCGCCGUGGGGCGACAGCUUGAGCAGUUUUUCAGUCCAGGAACUUUUCUUUGCAAGAGAGACGGGGCGAGAGCGGCCCCGGUUUCGUUCUCUGUCUCCCCUUCCUUCUCCUUCGCGAGCCGCCUUCCCCGGGUCUGGAGCGGGCCGCCGAGCACCGGCCACCCGAGCGCCUCCGCUGAGUGCCCGCAGCCCGGUGUCGCGCCAGCGUCCCCGGGAGCCGCUCGCUCGGCGUCCGCCUCCGGGCAGCCCCAGCCGCCGCGGCUUCUCGCCUUUCCCGGCCACCCGCCCCCUGCCCCGGGCUCGCGUAUGAAUCUCCUCGACCCCUUCAUGAAGAUGACCGACGAGCAGGAGAAGGGCCUGUCCGGAGCCCCCAGCCCCACCAUGUCCGAGGACUCGGCUGGCUCGCCCUGCCCCUCGGGCUCGGGCUCCGACACGGAGAACACACGGCCCCAGGAGAACACCUUCCCCAAGGGCGAGCCGGAUCUGAAGAAGGAGAACGAGGAAGACAAGUUCCCCGUGUGCAUCCGCGAGGCGGUCAGCCAGGUGCUGAAGGGCUACGACUGGACGCUGGUGCCCAUGCCGGUGCGCGUCAACGGCUCCAGCAAGAACAAGCCACACGUCAAGCGGCCCAUGAACGCCUUCAUGGUGUGGGCGCAGGCUGCGCGCAGGAAGCUGGCGGACCAGUACCCGCAUCUGCACAACGCCGAGCUCAGCAAGACGCUGGGCAAGCUCUGGAGACUGCUCAACGAGAGCGAAAAGAGACCCUUCGUGGAGGAGGCGGAGCGUCUGCGGGUGCAGCACAAGAAAGACCACCCCGAUUACAAGUACCAGCCGCGACGGAGAAAGUCGGUGAAGAACGGGCAGGCGGAGGCCGAGGAGGCCACGGAACAGACCCACAUCUCCCCCAACGCCAUCUUCAAGGCACUGCAGGCCGACUCCCCGCACUCCUCCUCCGGCAUGAGUGAGGUGCACUCUCCGGGCGAGCACUCGGGGCAAUCUCAGGGUCCGCCGACCCCACCCACCACUCCCAAAACCGACGUGCAAGCCGGCAAGGUCGACCUGAAGCGAGAGGGGCGCCCCCUGGCCGAGGGGGGCCGGCAGCCCCCCAUCGACUUCCGCGACGUGGACAUCGGCGAGCUGAGCAGCGACGUCAUCUCCAACAUCGAGACCUUCGACGUCAACGAGUUUGACCAGUACCUGCCGCCCAACGGCCACCCGGGGGUGCCGGCCACGCACGGCCAGGUCAGCUACACGGGCAGCUACGGCAUCAGCAGCACGGCCGCCACCCCGGCGACCGCCGGCCACGUGUGGAUGUCCAAGCAGCAGGCGCCGCCCCCGCCGCCGCCGCCGCCGCAGCAGCCCCCGCCGGCGCCGCCGGCCCCGCAGCCGGCCCCCCAGCCGCCGCAGGCGCACGCGCUCACCACCCUGAGCAGCGAGCCCGGCCAGUCGCAGCGAACGCACAUCAAGACGGAGCAGCUGAGCCCCAGCCACUACAGCGAGCAGCAGCAGCACUCGCCGCAGCAGAUCGCCUACAGCCCCUUCAGCCUCCCGCACUACAGCCCCUCCUACCCGCCCAUCACCCGCUCGCAGUACGACUACGCCGACCACCAGAACUCCGGCUCCUACUACAGCCACGCGGCGGGCCAGGGCUCGGGGCUCUACUCCACCUUCACCUACAUGAACCCGGCGCAGCGCCCCAUGUACACUCCCAUCGCCGACACCUCCGGGGUCCCUUCCAUCCCGCAGACCCACAGCCCGCAGCACUGGGAACAGCCUGUCUACACACAGCUCACCAGACCCUGAGGAGACCUGGAAGAGCCGGGGUGGGUGAUGGAGCUGAUGAUUGAAAGAAGAAGAGAGAGAGAGAAAAAGAGCCGAAGAAAUCAAGAACCGGUCGAAAUUCCUUUGGACACUUUUUUUUUUUUUUUUUUUUUUUGUCGUUGUCCCUAUUUCUUAAAGACGUGUGAGCGAAGUUAACGAUUGCUGAGAUCCCAGGAGAGAAACUUUCAGACGUUUUCCGAGCGCAUGCCAACGUAUUGCAAAUGGCCGGGCCACUCGUGGCCGGAUGGACCCGCCAGCACCAGUGACGAAGGGCUUGGUUCCUUCAGAGUCAGCGUGGAGGACAAUUGGAGAAUCUCCCUGCCUGUUUGGACUCUGUAAUUAUUUUUUAGCCGUAAUUAAAGAAAAAAAAAAGUCCUCUGUGAGGAAUAUUCUCUAUUUUAAAUACUUUUAGUAUGUACUGUGUAUGAUUCAUUACCGUUUUGAGGGGAUUUAUACAUAUUUUAGAUAAAAAUUAAAUGCUCUUAUUUUUCCAACAGCUUAACUAUUCAUAGUUCAACAGUGUCCCUAGCCUUCCUUGCAACCAGAGUAUUUUUGUACAGAUGUGCUUUCUCCUAAACAAACAAACAAAAAACAAAAAACAAAAAAAGGAAAAAAAAAGACAAAAAAAAAGUGUAUUGUUAUAGUAACAUAAAAAAAUACACAGAAUUUUGUUACACCAUCAGUUUUGGGGGUGAGCUUUGGUUAAUUCCCCGGGCUCUCAGAUUUCAGGAGCAGCUGCCUUAAAAACAAAUAAGUAAAUGGAAGCCUUCUUUUGCAAUAAGGGGAAUGAACAGUUAGCCUAGAGAGCAUUGGUGAGCUUUAUUAUAUAUAUAUUUUUGAAAACAAGAAGAAAAACACCUUGAGCCUUAACAUGCCCCCUCCUCCCCGCCGCUGGGAAAUAUGUAACGCUGUUCCUAGAACAUUCACUGUGCCUUUGCUUGCCAGCUGCAGCCCCAGAAAGGAAAGGCAACCACAAGCAAAGGAGACCAAAUUAUCUUGGGGAAGAUUUUUUUUUUUUUCAAGCAGCCUGGAAGUGCCCAAGCACAUUGCCCCCUGGUUGCCUGCCUGGGCCCCAGGUGGACAGCAGAUGCUAGCUAGAGUCUGCGUGCUCAGACUGUUACCUGUGCCUCCCUGAACACCAGCAUUUAACCUUCAAGACAUUCCAUGUGCUAAAAUUAUUUAUUUUGUAAGGAGGAGUUUUAAGGAAAAAAAAAAAAAUCUCCUUCCUUUUUUUUUUUCUUUCUCUCUUUUCUCUUUUUUAAUUUACUGUCUUUAAGGUCGAUUGUUGGCGCCUUCCUCAGAGGGUAUGGUCAUCGGUUGUUAAAUUAUGUUCUUAACUGUAACCAUUUUUUUAAUUUAUCUCUUUAAUCUUUUUUAUUAUUAAAAGCAAGUCCCUUUGAAGUCCUCAUUCUAGAUUUGUACAAAUGCUUUUUUGUCCGUCCUUGUGGUUUUUUUUUUUCCUCUUCUUUGUUGUUUUUGUUGUUGUUGAUAACAAACUGGAAGCCUGUUUCUCUCUGUUUGUGGACAAAUGAGAGAUUACAAAUGCGGUAAACAUAUCACCGAGUCGUCUGCAGUGUUUGCUGCCACAGACCUUUGGGCUGCCUGGACUGUGUGUGGAUGUGUGCACGUGUUGUGACAUGGAACAACGCAAGCCUCUGCAGGUGUGUGUCCUGCAGAGACAUGGACAGACCUUAAUUCUUAUUCACUGCUGUGGCUGGAGAGUACAAGGAUUGCUUUUUUUUUUUUUUUUUUUAAAGACAGCAGGCUUUUUUUUUUUAAUUUAAAAAAUAUAUUAACAGUUUUAGAAGUCAGUAGAAUAAAACCUUAAAGCAUUCUUAUAAUAUGGCAUCUUUCGAUUUCUGUAUAAAAACAGACCUUUUAAAAAAAUAUCUCUGUAACUUAAGAAACCUGACAUUUAUGUCAUAUUCUCUCUUUAGGUAAGGUUUGGUUUGUGUUUGUGUUUUGUUUGUUUUCCCCCUCCAAACUUUUCGUUCUCUGUGGACCUCACCUUUCCUUCCUUCCUUCCUUUCUUUUUUGUAUAUUAUUGUUUACAAUAAAUAUACAUUGCAUUAAAGUGAAAA